GCCUCCACCUACCUCAAAGGGUCUGACGCUUUUCUUCACUGUAUUUCAUACAUCAGCCCCCAUUAUCUUCCUCUCACCCUUUCCUCCACAUGCACGCUGCCAACCUGAGACACACCCCGAAUGACAUAUGCAUCAGUCUUUUGCCAUUCUUCAUACCCACCAACAGCAGAUAUACCUCCCCAUUACAACUUUGGUCCUGUCUGUAGGUUCUUACCAAUGGAUUUUCAGUACGCAUGCUCUGAAAAUACCAGACGAUUGUGACUGCAAAUUUCAGCCUGCAGUUCAGACACCAAGCUCUUUGACAAUUUUCGGUACCCAACAAUACAUUUUCUGAAGAAGGUAUGGCUGAUCCCAGCUCCAAUCGGACCGUGUGGCUCCUUGGCGUAUGCCUUCUCGUCCUGAUCCUUUUACUGAUUUUCUUUUACAAGAAGUUAAACAAAGAGGCAGAAGGUGAAUAUACCAUCCGGAACUUGGUAUACAAGGAAGGGGGGGUCAGGGAUGUGGUGAGGGGCGCAGCGGUAGGUGUCGGGACACGGCUCGGCAUCCAGCUGUGGCCUCAGAGUGAAGAAGAUGGAGAAGAGAUGCAGUCAGUUGGAGAUGUGGAGAGCCCCACGGAGGAUGAUAAUAGCCAGAGGGAUGACAGGGAUGGAGAAGAUGAAGAAGAUGAAGAUGAUGAUGAAGAUAAUACCAUGGACCAGAGCGGUGAGGAAAAUGAAAAAAGAGAUGAUGCUUCAAGUUUGGAAGGUUCAGAAGCAGGAGAGGAAGAGAGGCUCAUGGAUGAGCCGAAAAGGGAGGAAAACCUGGAGAAAGUGGGCGAGGCGCAAGGGAAAGUUGAAGCAACUGGACUACUGAUUGACCUAAAGCAGUUCUCUGGAAGCGCAAUCUGGUCUGAAGAAGGAGCUGAGGGCCAGUGCGGCAAUGUGACUGCUCUCUGAGAGCACAAGCAGACAAACAAAAUGUAAGGGAAACUGGAUGACAAAAAGGAUUUUAGAAAUACAGGAAUUAUUAAUUACAAAUACAUGUAACUGGCUGUUCAAAUAUAUGAAUCUCAUUGUAACAACAAAACGUUGACCCUGAAAGUUGUGUUAAAGAAAUAAAGAAAGAAGAGGCUUGUAGCACCCUAUAAUGUAAUAACUUCCUUAAAAUGUAAUAACGCCUGAAAAUGUAAUAACAUUUGCACUUAACUCGAUCGCAAAAUGUAAUAAAACCCAAUAAUGUUAUAACUUCACCAAUAAUGCAAUAAAAUAUCCUGACAGAUAUUGUAAUAACAUUUUUACCGAUAAUGUAAUACCUUAUUACGUUAUUGGGAAUUUAUUACAUGGAACUCAAAAUCUGCAAUUUAACCCAAUAGUCAUUCUGGUGUUUCAAAUCCAGCGUAUAUAACAUUCUUAGAUACUUAAAACACAAAAUGUAGAACUCUGGAUUGAAAAUGAACAUAUAUAUUACAUUAUUUGUCAAGUAUUACAUUAUCAGUUUUGGAAAAAAAAAAAAAAAAGACUCACCUGAAAAUGUAAUAAAUUCCCAAUAAUGUAAUAAGGUAUUACAUUAUUGGUAAAAAUGUUAUUACAAUAUCAGUCAGGAUAUAUUAUUACAUUAUUGGUGAAGUUAUUACAUUAUUGGAUUUUAUUAAAUUUUCGAUUGAGUUAAGUGCAAAUUUUAUUACAUUUUCAGGCGUUAUUACAUUUUCAGGAAAUUAUUACAUUAUAGGAAAUUAUUACAUUAUAGGGUGAAAUUAUUACAUUAUAGGAAAUUAUUACAUUAUAGGGUGCUACAAGGCUCUCUGCCACAAUAAACUCUUUCAUUGUGGUUAACAAUGAUGCUACUAAUGACAGCACGGUUCUCUUUGGGUACACUGCCUCAGUUGAUGUUAUUGGUUAAAAUGGCUGUUGUGAAGAAUGCUUUAUAGUAUAAAUGCAGACAAUGUUGUAGAUCAGCUUUCACUGCCCAUUUUGACUGUAUUUUUUCUCGGAAAAUACACAAAAUUGAACAAACACAUGUUGUACACUGUAUUGUUUUUCAAAAUCGACAGCUGGAGCACACUUUAUUCCCCUGGCAUAGAGUGGGUUUAGGAAAAGGGUAAAUGGAUGUUUGUAAUAUCAGGAAAUGACUACUGUAUCUCUGUGAUGAAUGCAGCAGAGCCUGAAUAGGAAGAAGCGAGUGUCAAUGAUGGCUGGAUGAAUUACUGUAUUAUUAUUAUUAUGUGAAUUGGAAGAAAAACAUAAGAAAAAAAUGUAAUUGCCUCUGUUAUCCCACACAUCUCUGAUCUUAAUGGCAUAGGGAUUCAUGGGAGAGAAAAAUGACUGAUGAAUGAAACUGUUAUUAAAAUUUUUUUUAUUUCAAUGUUUGUACAAGAUUUGUGUAAACUUUGAUACCGUGUAAAAUAUAUUGUUUAUCAUGUUUAAUUUUGCAUUGCAAUUUUGCAUAACAA